GUAUCAUAUAUUAUAUAAACUCAUGGUGUGAAAUCAAAUAUUAAUAUUACACAGUGAAUUAAUAUAUUGCAAUAUUUUCCUUAACGUAAACAUUUAAUAUCGCAGUGACCUUUGGAUUAGAUAUAGGUUUGAAACAUUUGUGAUUUGUGUUCAAACCUAUCAACAACAACCUAUAACAACUUACGUGUGGUUUUAUUGCAAAUUUAUUAUGUCUCUUAAUAAAUUAGUAGGCGGUGAUUGUGGAGGAAACAAUUCUUUAGUCCAAUUGUCAAAUAUUGUAAGUCGCGAUGCAAGCCAUUCCAUGUCUCAAGCUGAUCGAUUUGUCAAUGAGUUUAUGGCCCAAAACACUGAAAUACCUCAAACAUUCAAUAUGAAUGCUUUACUAAAUAACAUCCAUGAUGCUGAAAUGGUUAAUAAAGUCUCCUCUAUACCAAAAGUUAACCAAUUAUCUUCAAAUGUAAACUUGCCAUGGCUACCUGGACCAUCAGCGAUUGCCGGUCCUAGUAUGAUGAGAACAAUGCCUAUGCAACAUAAUUCAAUACUGCUGCCUCAAAGAAACACUAAUAUGCAGAUACAAUACAUAAAUGAAUCCGAACUUAAAAAUACUGAUGUACAAGGUAAAGCCCAAGAAUAUGUAGAUAGUGUCAGUGAGGAUAGUGAAUUAGCAUAUAACCAGUUUAUGUCUUUCAUGAAACGUAUGAGUGCUGGUGAAUUAAAUCUUGGUGAAAAUCACUCUGAACACAGUGAUUUAAAAAAAGAUACUUUUGUAAAAGAAAUGGCAGAAAAAUAUAAAGAUGAAUGGGAAAAACUUAGUGAUGUUAAUGAUUAUUGGGAAUCUGAAAUAGCAUAUGGUAUACCAGCAGAGUACAUGUUUACAGAAGGAAAUGCUAUGUUAGAGAAUAAAAAUGCCUUGGAGUUGGGAAAAGAAAGAUUAAAAAUGGGUGAUGUACCUGGGGCAGUAUUAUGUUUUGAAGCUGCAGCCCAGCAACAGCCAGAUUCUGCUGAAGCAUGGUUUCUACUAGGCACAACUCAAGCUGAAAAUGAACAGGAUCCCUUAGCAAUUACUGCUCUUAAAAAAUCUCUCAGUAUUGAUCCUCGUCAAUUAGAAGCUUACAUUACUCUUGCUGCAGCAUACACCAAUGAGAAUAUGCCUAAAUUUGCAUAUUUAGAAUUAUCUAAAUGGUUAAAAGGUAGUGCUAAAUAUAGUGAUUUGUGUCCACAAGAUGUAAAACCAGAGGAAAUGAAUUUGAAGCAAUUGGAAGCCUAUAUUAUGUCCCAAUACUUGAAAGCAGCCCAACUAAAUCCUACACAAAUUGACCCAGAUGUUCAAAGUGCUAUGGGAGUAAUAUUUAAUGCCAACCAACAGUAUGAUAAAGCUGUUGACUGUUUUAAAACCGCUAUAAUGGUUGCACCAGAUAAUGCCAAACUGUGGAAUAGACUGGGGGCUACUCUUGCUAACAGUGAUAGAUCAGAAGAAGCAGUUGAUGCCUAUAAACAAGCUUUAAAUUUAGAACCAGGUUUCAUUAGGGCAAGGUACAAUGUAGGCAUUACUUGCAUGAAUUUGAAGGCUCAUAAGGAAGCAGCUGAACAUUUUUUAGUAGCACUCAACCAACAAUAUAAAGCCAGGGAUAUAUAUCCUAGCAAUUCUUCUGUUGACAACAGUUCUUCUGCAAUUUGGACAACUCUUAGAAUGGUUUGCUCCUACAUGGGUGAACAUGAUGCUGCUAAGUUAGUUGAUGAAAAGAACUUAACUGAACUGAAUAAGUUUUUCAAAAUUGAUGCAUAGAGAUAAGCAUAACUUGUACUAUUAAUAUUGUGAUAAUCCCAAAAUAUAUGUUAUUGUUAAAGGGAAUUUUUGUUAUAAAGAGGGCUUUAGUAAAAAAAUAUAUUUAUAAAGUAUAAAUAAAUUUUUUAUAUUUUUUA